AUGCAGAAUGGCAGGACACCACUAAUGGUAGCAUCAAUUGAGGGAUAUGUUGACAUUGUCAAGAUGCUGGUUGAGGCAAGAACAAACAGCAUUAACAAACAAAAUGAGGAUGGCUUCAGUGCACUUCAUUUGGCCGCACAACAUGGUAGAGCUGAUGUGGUUAGAGUAAUAACUGAGGCUCUAGCUCACGUUGACAUAAAGACUAAGGAUCGCCAGACUGCUCUCUUCAUUGCAAGUGAAAAAGGCCACAGAUCUGUAGUAGAACUACUGCUUUUACACCAUGCAGAUGUUGAUAUCUGCAGCGAGGAAGGGUGGACAGCUCUUCAUCUGGCAGCUCAGGGUGGCAACGUUGAAGUUUUAAGACUCCUUAUGGAAGCAGAAGCUAAUACUAAUGUGUGCACAGAGGAUGGCAACACUGCUCUAGACCUUGCUAUUUGGAGAGGAGAUGGUACCAGUGUCAGGCUUUUAACUGAGAAUUUUGCUGAUGUAAAUAUCAAAUAUAUGGAUGGCUGGGACUGCACUUCCACAUGGCAGCACAGCACUGAAAGACGAGUUGAUGUGUGACAGAUUUCGCAUUAAAGGUUCAGGAUCAGAUAAAUGUUUUAGACUAAGAUGUUCUGAAGAAAGAGACUCGGACAUCAUUCUUAAAAUUAGAUGAAUAGCCUGAAGAUCAUGACAGACCACAAUAAUUUAGUUGUGUGUGAGAAAUACCAUGCGAAAAAUAUUGUACAUCUGUGUGUAUAUUAUGGUUAAUGGUCCCAUAAUAGUCAUCGUGUUAUAAUCUCCUUGGAAGAAUAAGAGAAGGAGGGGAGUCAGCCGAGGGAAGAUGGACGCCUGGUGAUAGUCAGGCGGCAUUGUCAGACACGGCUGAGAAUGUGGGCUUCUCUGCCCAACUUAGUCUCAGUUGAGAGAGAGGGUUGGAGAGAGGAGGGUGGGAGAUCGUUGUCUCAUGAGCUGGAAUAGUGGGGCACUGGACCCAGGUGACGACCGACUGUGUGAGGACUCUCGAGAGGCUACGGUGCCGGUGUAGAGGAAAACCCCACUCUUGCUACACUAGAACGACGUCCCGACGAGCACCAAAACAGCAUUGCCCCACACCUAUGCUAACACUACUGGAAGAAGACGUGAAGUUGAGGUGUUGCUGAUUUGGGAGGCUUGAGUCUAUACGACACAGAGGCAAAACACAGACUGGAGUGGUUCUCGCGACCAGCUUCCAGACUGUCCACAGGUGCGUACAGACUGGCCAACAAGACCAAAUCCUGAGUCCACAUGUUGUAAGGCGGCACUGAGAAGGUCUUGUGUCAGAAAACAUCACUUUUCCAUGGAAGGAGGAGAGAGAGGAGGGACACAAGUGUUUGGUUGCAAUUGGUGCCUGCCAGACCAUAGUCCUGAUUCCAGACAGGUCCUUACUCUGUUCCCUGAGAGCUGAAACCCGACAUUACAACUGUAUUGACUGUAGGUCUCUGGCUCCAAAUGGAGAUAUCCACUCUUCCAUUUGCUGGCGAGGGGAGAGG